CCAUGGGCUCUGUAGAUGGUGGAGAACCCCAUGCCUGGUCACCGGGAGAGGUACACUCAGCCGCCAAGGGGCCAGCAGCAGACCUUCAAGGUGGAAUGGAAGCAGCUGCAGAGUCAGCACAAUCACUCAGGGUUUCACAGUUACCAGAGAAUCAUUGGCUCGGAGUUGUUGGAGGACAGAAGCACCAUGUUUCUCCAGCAGGCCUAUGAUGGACAAGAUUUCACGAUCUUCACUAAAGAUAUCCUUUCCUGGAUGGUUAUUGAUAAUGUGGCUCACAUUACCAAGUGGGCACAGGAGGCUAAUUGGCAUGAUGAAUAUCAAAAGAAUUGGCUAGAAGAAGAACAUACUGCUUCAUUAGAGAGGUUCCUGCAGUUUGGGGAAGAUAUCCUGCAAAGGAUAGGUAACAAGAAGGGAGAACACCAGGUCCCUACAUCCUCAGAACCCUUGGGUUUAUAUAUAACUUCCUCUAAUCUAGGUUAUAGUCACCCCAUUCUGAAAUCCACCUUGUUAGUUGCACUGUGGUGAUCUGUAACUCCCCG